CGGCCAGCCCCGCAGUGAAUGGACUGGCGGCGCCCAGCUCUGUCCCGCCCGCUGCCGGCCCCCGCGUCUGCUCCCUCCCCGCCCCGGCCCCUGCCGGCCGCCGCCAGCGCCCUCCCCGGCUGUGAAUGAAAGGCGGGCGCAGCCGAGGGCUGACUGGGAACGCCGCGGCAACGCCGGCCUCCCGGGAGGCGCGCGCCCAGCCAAGAUGUACGGUGUGUGUGGCUGCUGCGGUGCCCUGCGCCCCAGGUACAAAAGGCUGGUUGACAACAUCUUCCCUGAGGAUCCUGAGGAUGGUCUGGUGAAGACCAACAUGGAGAAGCUGACAUUCUAUGCCCUCUCAGCUCCAGAAAAACUUGAUCGUAUUGGUGCCUAUCUCUCUGAGAGGCUCAUCCGUGACGUGGGUCGUCAUCGAUAUGGGUACGUGUGCAUUGCCAUGGAGGCUUUGGACCAGCUGCUCAUGGCCUGCCACUGCCAGAGCAUCAACCUCUUCGUGGAGAGCUUCCUCAAGAUGGUGGCCAAGCUGCUGGAGUCGGAGAAGCCCAACCUGCAGAUCCUUGGCACCAACUCGUUUGUGAAGUUUGCCAACAUCGAGGAGGAUACCCCGUCCUAUCACCGGAGCUAUGACUUCUUUGUGUCCCGAUUCAGUGAAAUGUGCCACUCGAGCCACGAUGACUUAGAAAUCAAGACUAAAAUUCGAAUGUCAGGAAUCAAAGGCCUGCAAGGGGUGGUGAGGAAGACGGUGAAUGAUGAACUGCAGGCCAAUAUCUGGGACCCACAGCACAUGGACAAGAUCGUUCCAUCACUGCUUUUCAAUCUGCAGCACGCAGAGGAGGCAGAGAGCCGGUCUCCCUCACCCCUCCAAGCACCUGAGAAGGAGAAAGAGAGCCCCGCGGAGCUGGCUGAGAGGUGCCUUCGGGAGCUGCUGGGCCGGGCUGCCUUUGGCAACAUCAAAAAUGCCAUCAAACCUGUUCUCAUCCAUCUGGAUAACCAUUCUCUUUGGGAGCCAAAGGUGUUCGCCAUCCGUUGCUUUAAAAUCAUCAUGUACUCAAUUCAGCCGCAGCACUCCCACCUGGUUAUCCAGCAGCUCCUGGGCCACCUGGACGCCAACAGCCGCAGCGCCGCGACGGUGCGCGCGGGCAUCGUGGAGGUCCUGUCCGAAGCCGCGGUCAUCGCAGCCACUGGCUCUGUGGGGCCCACGGUGCUGGAGAUGUUCAACACGCUGCUGAGGCAGCUGCGGCUCAGCAUCGACUACGCGCUGACCGGGAGCUACGAUGGGGCGGUCAGCCUCGGCACCAAGAUCAUCAAGGAGCACGAAGAGCGCAUGUUCCAGGAGGCCGUCAUCAAGACCGUCGGCUCCUUUGCCAGCACGCUGCCCACCUACCAGCGCUCCGAGGUGAUCCUCUUCAUCAUGAGCAAGGUCCCGCUGCCGUCCCUGCACCAGGCGGUGGACACGGGCAGGACAGGGGAGAACAGGAACCGACUGACCCAGAUUAUGCUGCUAAAAUCCCUCCUGCAGGUAUCCACAGGUUUCCAGUGCAACAACAUGAUGUCAGCCCUGCCCAGCAACUUCCUGGACCGCCUCCUCUCCACCGCCCUCAUGGAGGAUGCAGAAAUUCGACUCUUUGUUCUAGAGAUUCUCAUCAGUUUCAUUGAUCGUCAUGGCAACCGCCACAAGUUCUCUACCAUCAGUACCCUCAGUGACAUCUCUGUCCUAAAGCUGAAAGUGGACAAGUGCUCUCGACAAGACACCGUCUUCAUGAAGAAGCACUCCCAGCAGCUCUACAGACACAUCUACCUGAGCUGCAAGGAGGAAACAAAUGUGCAGAAACACUAUGAGGCGCUCUAUGGCUUGCUGGCCCUCAUCAGCAUCGAGCUGGCCAACGAGGAGGUGGUGGUGGACCUCAUCCGUCUGGUGCUGGCUGUUCAGGACGUAGCCCAGGUCAAUGAGGAGAACUUGCCCGUCUACAACCGCUGUGCCCUCUACGCUCUGGGCGCAGCCUACCUGAACCUCAUCAGCCAGCUCACAACAGUGCCUGCCUUCUGCCAGCACAUCCAUGAGGUGAUAGAGACCAGGAAGAAACAAGCUCCAUAUAUGCUCCCCGAGGAUGUGUUUGUGGAGAGGCCCAGGCUGUCUCAGAAUCUUGAUGGGGUAGUGAUUGAGCUCCUCUUCCGCCAGAGCAAGAUCAGUGAAGUCUUGGGAGGCAGUGGCUACAAUUCAGACCGGCUCUGCCUGCCCUACAUCCCUCAGCUGACAGAUGAGGAUCGCUUAUCCAAGAGGAGAAGCAUUGGAGAGACCAUCUCCCUGCAAGUGGAGGUAGAAUCGAGGAACAGCCCAGAGAAGGAGGAGCGAGUGCCUGCCGAGGAGAUCACCUAUGAGACGCUGAAGAAAGCCAUUGUGGACAGCGUAGCCGUGGAGGAGCAGGAGCGUGAGCGGCGGCGACAGGUGGUGGAGAAGUUCCAGAAGGCACCCUUUGAGGAGAUUGCCGCACACUGUGGGGCACGGGCAUCGCUGCUCCAGAGCAAACUCAAUCAGAUCUUCGAAAUCACCAUCCGGCCCCCACCAAGCCCAUCAGGAACCAUCACUGCAGCCUACGGUCAGCCGCAGAACCACUCCAUCCCGGUCUACGAAAUGAAGUUUCCCGAUCUGUGUGUAUACUGAAUUCCAAGAGCUGGAGCUCCUCAAGGGGAUGGGGUCUGAGGGAGGGGCUCACCUCACGCCCACCCCAACCCCAUGGAGAUCUGGCUGGGAUCUCCAAGAAAACGUCACCUUGGAUGGCAGUGCCCCCCGGGCUAAGCCAAGGUGGAGACUCUGGUCCUUCUUGGCCCUCCUACCUCCUCCUCGUCUUCCCCAAGGGAGAUCUCACCAAUACGUGUCUCACCUUUGCCCUUCAUCUUCUCUUUUGUGGCAGCCAGGGGCAGAGAAUCGUGGGGUGUCUCCAGAGAGAAGCCGGGGAUGGGGGCGGGGAAGCUCCCACUUGGUGUUUUGAGUAAAGGGCUUCCAUGGGGGCGCAUGUCCUCCCCAGAGGAGGGAGCUGGAUGGAGACUUGGUUGGUGAGAGGAAGUGAUGGGCCCCUAGGGAAGGAAGCUGAGAGCGGAUCGGCUGUCUCCUCUGGAGCCUCCCCCACUCCCAGCCCACGUCCCUGCUGUGUCUCCCAUUCUCUUGCUCAUCCCCCAGUUGUCUGUUUAUGUUUCUUCUAUUAAUGAAUGCUGAGCCCUUAUUACAGGAGCUGGGGUGGAGAUGCCACGGGGCGGGACAGCAAAGGACAGGAAGCAGGGCUGGCAGAAGGUGAGGCCGUGGCAUCAGAGUGUGGUCCCUGCAGCAGCGUCUCACCUCCUUUAUUCAGAAGGAGCCUGCGGUGGCCUCCCAUGGUCCUGUCUGCUGGACGUUUUUCAGAGUUGAGUUCUCUUUGAUGUCUUCUGAGGGUCCCAAGGUGUUCCUGGAUCCUCUGGGUUGAGGAAAGGCAGAACAAGCUAAUUUCAGAGGGGAAUUGCAGGGCGCCCAAGAUUUGCCCACAUCACCUCCUAUGGAAGAGACCCCCAGCCUGACCUGGGUUGUAGGAGAGUCGGGAGGGUGGGAUGAGCAUUUGGGGGCUCAGGGAUAUCAGAAGCCAAUUUUUUGGAUGUUCCAUUUGAAGAAGGAAGGAUCUAACCAAA